AUGACCGGCGAGGGACAUGCCAAGCACAAUCUCCCUAAACAUAUUGUCCUACAACUUGCCCACUUCCAAAGCAAGAUUCAAGUUGUAAAGGAACAGACGUUUGUGAAGACUGUAACAUGGGCAAGGGGCUACACCUGCGGGAAUCUGGAAGAUUCGGUCCUAGACGGCAAAGGCGGUGUCGGCAACAGCUUCCUUCCCAGUGACGCACUGGCUGCUGCCACUGCACCCACAUUUCAGCCAGAAAGUGGGGGAGCCGGGACGGGGGAGAGGACUCUGUUUCCUUUCGGGGUCGCCACCUGGAAGUCCAUACGUCCUUCCCACUCCUUUCCAUUGGACCAGAACCUACUCUCAGGCCCACACCUGGCUCAAGGGAAGCGGGGAAAGCCUGGCCCUCUUUGCUCGAAGACAAUCCACCUGGUACCAGGGCUGGACCAGAAGAUGAGACCUUAUGGGCUACCCCCAAGUGAGUUGAAUUCGGCUUCUGGGCACCUAUGGAAGACACCUCUAUCUCUGCGUUUCCCAGGAGCGGCCCAGGAAAGGUUUGGAGAGCCUCAAGGAACUGCCGUCUCCCGCAGGGAAACAGAACUGGAGACUUUCAAGUUGGUGGCGAAGGAAGAGCCCCCACCUGGGGUGGAGGGUGAGCUGUGGCGGCUGCGGCUCCUGGGUCAGAAGGUCAGGCUGGCCUGGAGUGAGGGGAGCGGGUGCCACCGCCCAGGACUGCUGUCCCCACCGUGGGCACAAGCCCGUCCCUGAACCCCUCACAGGUGAGGCAGGAGACAUCACCACAGAGGGAACCAUGGAUGAAGGUUUGGUAUGUUCUCCUGUUAAGCAGCCCCUCUGACCGGGGCCGGGGGCCUGGGACCCUGCUGGCUCCUCACCCCCCAGAAGCACCUCUGCGGCCCGGUCAGAGCUCCUGGAGGCCAGAGCUCCCGGAGGCCAGGGCAAGGCCAAGGGCAGGCGGGAGCCCCAGUCCCACUCCUCCUGCCUCUCGGGGUCUUCCUGCCCGUGCCAGCGUCUCCCUGGCGAGUCACCUGAGAGCGUCCCCCUCUUGCAAGAGGCCCGACACACCACAGGGCCUGAUGGACGUGAAAACCCGUGCGCUUAACACAGAGACUCGUUCACAACAGGAAUGGUCGCGUGUUGGAAGCUGCGUUUAAAGAAGCUGCCAUGCUCGGCCUGGCCAGGUUGGCUCAGUGGAUGGAGCGUUGGCCUGCGGACUGAAGGGUCCCGGGUUCGAUU